AUGGCUGAUGUUGCUGUUGGUCUACCAAUCCUCUCAAGAAGAUCAAGAUCCGCUAAGAUAACGGCAGUGGCUCCAAAAUCCGGAAAGUCAACCAAGUCGGCGAAGAGCACCAACAUUCCGAGAGUUCAGAAAUCCAAAGUUCCGAAGCACCCUACUUAUUCCGUCAUGGUUUACACAGCCAUCAAGGACUUGCACGAUAGAAACGGAGCAUCGAAUUUUAUGAUUAAUAGAUAUAUUGCCUCCAGAUAUUUUUGUGAUGGCAAAGCCGCCCGUACAAGAACUCUAGCUGCUCUGAAGAAAGGACUUGCCGAUGGAUCUCUGAUUUUAGUUACUGGAGUUGGUGCUCGUGGAAUGUUCAAGGUGAGUCGCUGCUUCAAAAACUGCUCCAAAGAAAGCGUCCAAAUCCACCUCGAAAUCUUCCAAAUCUUCCAAACGUGCUUCAAAAUCCGCCAGAAAAUCCACCAAAAGCACCAAAUCUGCUACCCAGUCAACUUCCUCAAAAUCGGUCAAAAAGUCAACCAAAGCCAAGAGCAAGAAGACUCCAACCAAGAGAACUGUCAAACCGAAGAAGGCCUGAAUGAGCUCAAAAUCCUUCUUUCUCUUCUCAUCAAGCACAAUAAACUCGUCAAGCACACACAUUUUUUAAAAAAUUUUAUGAAAUUAAAAUGUUUUUGUUGGUUUCUAUGGAAAGAUAAUACUGUAAAAACUGUAAUAGAAGGGCCCUUUCACUUUUGA